AAAAGGGAAGAAAAGAGAAGUCGCGUUUGAAAGUAAUAGCCGACGGAAUUUUCCACAUUUUCUUCACUCCAUCCACCUAUUAUACCACUGUCUUCCUCAUUCAUACCUCCCUUUCUCUCUCUAUACGUACAUAAAUAUAUAUACCCACACACACAUAAUUUCUGUUGUUUUGAUCAUCUCGACGAUCGUUCACCGUUGGAUCGAGCAAGGAACGGCUAGGAUCUAGAGAGAGAGAGUAGCCGGGAGAGACACACAAGCUCUCGGCUGGAUCUGAGGCACAAAUGGCGUUAUCUGGAAUGCGAGGACUCUCCGUUUUCAUUAGCGACAUUCGUAAUUGUCCAAACAAAGAGCAGGAGCGUCUCCGUGUCGAUAAGGAGUUGGGACACAUCCGUACUCGCUUCAAAAAUGAGAAGGGUUUGACACCUUAUGAAAAGAAAAAAUAUGUUUGGAAAAUGCUUUACAUAUAUAUGCUGGGUUAUGACGUGGAUUUUGGUCAUAUGGAAGCCGUUUCAUUAAUAUCAGCUCCAAAGUAUCCAGAAAAGCAGGUCGGAUACAUUGUGACUUCAUCCUUGCUUAACGAGAAUCAUGAUUUCUUAAGAUUAGCCAUCAAUACUGUACGCAAUGACAUCAUUGGUCGCAAUGAAACCUUUCAGUGUCUUGCAUUGACGUUGGUUGGUAAUAUUGGCGGGCGAGAAUUUGCCGAGUCUCUGGCACCUGAUGUUCAAAAGUUACUUCUUUCUAGUAGUUGCAGACCACUUGUGAGAAAGAAGGCUGCCUUGUGUUUACUGCGUCUUUUUAGGAAAAAUCCUGAUGUUGUUAACGUUGACGGCUGGUCAGAUCGGAUGGCUCAGCUAUUAGAUGAACGCGACCUAGGUGUUUUGACAUCAUCUAUGAGCCUUUUUGUUGCUUUAGUGUCAAAGGAUUAUGAUUCAUAUUGGAGUUGUCUUCCUAAAUGUGUUAAAGUAUUGGAAAGGCUUGCUAGAAAUCAGGACAUUCCCCAAGAAUACACUUACUAUGGUAUCCCUUCUCCGUGGCUUCAGGUCAAAACAAUGAGAGCACUUCAAUAUUUUCCAACUGUUGAGGAUCCUAACACUAGAAGAUCGUUGUUUGAGGUUUUACAACGAGUUUUAAUGGGCACCGAUGUUGUGAAAAAUGUGAACAAGAACAAUGCAUCACAUGCUGUGCUAUUUGAAGCCCUUGCUCUGGUCAUGCACCUUGAUGCUGAAAAAGAAAUGAUGUCCCAGUGUGUUGCUUUACUUGGAAAGUUCAUAGCUGUGCGUGAGCCAAACAUUAGGUAUCUUGGUUUGGAAAAUAUGACUCGGAUGUUGAUGGUUACAGAUGUCCAGGAUAUUAUAAAACGACAUCAAGCCCAAAUUAUAACCUCUCUUAAGGAUCCUGACAUCAGUAUUAGGAGACGUGCUCUAGAUCUACUGUAUGGCAUGUGUGAUGUUUCUAAUGCGAAGGACAUAGUUGAAGAACUGUUACAGUAUCUUGCCACAGCAGACUUUGCAAUGCGUGAAGAAUUGUCGCUUAAGGCUGCUAUUCUUGCAGAGAAGUUUGCACCUGAUCUAUCAUGGUAUGUGGAUGUUAUUUUGCAAUUAAUUGAUAAAGCAGGAGACUUUGUCAGUGAUGAUAUUUGGUUUCGGGUUGUGCAGUUUGUAACAAACAACGAGGACCUGCAGCCUUAUGCAGCACUCAAAGCAAGGGAGUAUCUUGAUAAGCCUGCUAUACAUGAAACAAUGGUGAAGGUUAGUGCCUAUCUACUUGGAGAAUAUAGUCACCUUCUGGCUAGACGGCCUGGAUGUAGUCCAAAGGAAAUAUUUUCUAUGAUACAUGAUAAGCUUCCAACAGUUUCGACACCUACAAUACCUAUUCUGCUUUCAACAUAUGCAAAGAUAUUGAUGCAUUCGCAGCCACCGGACCCGGAAUUACAGAAUCAAAUUUGGGCAGUAUUCAGCAAAUAUGAGAGUUGUAUUGACGUUGAGAUACAGCAGCGGGCUGCAGAGUAUAUCGCAUUGAGUAGGAAAGGUGCAGCUUUAGUGGAUAUAUUAGCUGAAAUGCCGAAGUUUCCGGAGCGCAAGUCCUCGUUGAUUAAAAAAGCUGAAGAUACUGAAGCAGAUACUGCUGAGCAAAGUGCUAUCAAGUUACGGGCACAACAACAAACAUCCAAUGCUUUGACAGUAACCGAUCAACCCAUUGGCAAUGGAGUUCCACCUGAGGCCCAGCUAGGUCCUGUCAAAAUGCCUAGCAUGAGCAAUGAGGGUCACAGCACAGCAGACCAAGUAUUAACUCGGUCGAAUGGGAGUGCAACCAAUCUUCAAGCAUCUACACCUUCACCAGAUCUCCUUGGGGAUCUUUUGAGCCCACUGGCUAUUGAAGGCCCUCCUGCUCCUGCUUCUGUCGAAUCUGAACGAAAUCCGGUAUCUGGUACUCCGACUGCUGCAGAUGCUCUAGCUCUUGCACCUAUUGGAGGUCAGACUAAUACUAUCCAGCCAAUAGGUAAUAUUGCGGAAAGGUUUCAAGCUUUAUGCUUGAAAGAUAGCGGUGUCUUGUAUGAAGAUCCUUAUGUUCAGAUUGGCAUCAAAGCAGAGUGGCGAUCUCACCAGGGGCGACUAGUGAUUUUCUUGGGAAACAAGAAUACUGCUCCACUUGUUUCAGUUCAAGCAUUGAUUUUAGCUCCAUCCCACUUAAAGUUGGAGCUUUCAGAAGUACCUCAAACUAUUCCUCCACGGGCACAGGUGCAAUGUCCACUUGAAGUCGUCAACCUACGCCCAAGUAGGGAUGUAGCUGUACUUGAAUUCUCUUACAAGUUUGGAACGGAUAUGGUGAAUGUGAAACUUCGACUUCCUGCUGUCCUGAAUAAAUUUCUUCAGCCAAUCCCAGUUUCAGCGGAAGAGUUUUUCCCCCAAUGGAGAUCGCUCUCUGGUCCACCUUUGAAACUACAAGAAGUGGUCAGAGGUGUUAAACCAAUGCUUCUUAUGGAAAUGGCAAACUUACUGAACAGUUUUCGUCUGAUGGUUUGUCCAGGACUGGAUCCAAAUACAAAUAAUUUGGUUGCCAGCACAACAUACUAUUCAGAAAGCACAAGAGCUAUGCUAUGCUUGGUAAGAAUUGAGACAGAUCCUGCAGAUAGAACGCAACUGCGCAUGACAGUGGCCUCUGGUGACCCCGCACUUACAUACGAGUUGAAGGAAUUUAUCAAAGAACAAUUAAUUAGCAUCCCAUUAGCUUCCCAUGCACCUCAACCUCUUCCCCAACAAGCUCCUCCAUCAAAUCCACCAAUAGCUCAAUCAGAUCCUGGGGCCAUGCUAGCUGCUUUGCUUUGAUGUACAAGGAGAUUUUUUUAGAAUUUAUUCAUCACAUAUGUAGAAACGUGUUAUACAACAGGCCCAUCCAAUAUAUUCGUGGAGCUAAAAGCCGGGCAUGGAAUGAUACAACACAAGGGCUGGCGGGAUUAGAGGUGAUUAUGUGAUCGGCGUAGCAUUAGAUUUACUUUUCAGAGGGUUUGGAAUGAAGAAUUUGAUAGUGCGAGUCAAAAUUACAUCGUCUGUAGUAUUAUUCAUCUUAGUUUUACUCAUUUUUUUAAAUUUACAUAUAGCAGUGUUUCACUGAUUUUUUUUUUUUUUUUUUGUUGUAAUAUGUGCAUAAUAGGAAUGUGAGUGGUGAAGUAAAAUUGAUUGUAAGGGGAUGUGUUCUUUAAGGAACAUUUGUUUUUUUGGUGAAUUUAUAUAUCAGAAUAAGGGUGUUUUUUUUUUUU